GCUCUUUUUCUUUUGGCCUUUAGAAGAAGCCGACUCUGCUCGCCAUAGACCCCGGUCAGAGGUCAAAGGUUACUGAGCAGCAGCGGCGAUGACAACGUUACGACCGUUCACCUGCGACGACUUGUUUAAAUUCAACAACAUCAACUUGGAUCCGUUAACAGAAACUUAUGGGAUCCCAUUUUACCUCCAGUACCUCGCUCACUGGCCUGAGUACUUCAUUGUUGCUGAGGCUCCUGGUGGUGAACUGAUGGGUUACAUCAUGGGGAAGGCAGAGGGAUCUGUGGCUCGUGAGGAGUGGCACGGUCACGUCACUGCUCUGUCCGUUGCUCCAGAGUUCAGAAGACUCGGUCUCGCUGCCAAACUAAUGGAGAUGCUGGAGGAAAUCUCAGAGAGGAAAGGUGGAUUCUUUGUGGAUCUGUUUGUGCGAGUGUCGAAUCAAGUGGCAGUGAACAUGUAUAAACGUCUGGGAUACAGCGUCUACAGGACAGUGAUAGAAUAUUACUCAGCGAGCAACGGAGAACCGGAUGAAGACGCUUAUGAUAUGAGGAAAGCUUUGUCCAGAGACACAGAGAAGAAGUCGAUCAUCCCACUGCCGCAUCCUGUCAGACCUGAAGAUAUUGAAUAACAGUAGACUGUGGCUCUCUGACGCGCUGCUCCCUUUAACCUGAUAUUCAUGUGACAAGCCCUGCUCAGAUUAUACUGUACAUAAAUAAACUGUUAAAGGCCACUUACUCUUACUUAUAGUCAGAGAGUCACUGAAUAUGAAUUAACACUUUGCCUCUUGUUGUAAAAAACACAACACGCCAGUUUGAAUUGAAUCAUGUAAUGACACAGCUGUAAAGAAAACCUGGUUACACAAUAAACACUGCUCAUGA